CGAGCUUUCAGGCCCAGCCCAUCCUCUCCGUCUUCUAAGUGCAAACACCUAUAAAAGCAGAAACCCUAAUUUCGUCUCGCCUCUUCAACAUACGCACCGCUGACCCAACGACGCAGGCAGAAGCGAAGCGAAGCUCUGUUUGACACUUCUCCAUGGGUAAGGUCCACGGAUCUCUGGCUCGCGCCGGUAAGGUGAGAGGCCAGACGCCGAAGGUGGCGAAGCAGGACAAGAAGAAGAAGCCGCGCGGCCGCGCCCACAAGCGGAUGCAGUACAACCGCCGGUUCGUCACCGCCGUUGUUGGCUUUGGAAAGAAGAGAGGCCCCAACUCGUCUGAGAAGUGAGCUUCAUUGAGUCUUAAAGGAAGAGGGAGCUAUGUAGGUCUACAAAGAUGGGAUUUUUGGUUUCUUGUUUGUUUAGUGGAUUGUUAUGCUUUUGAUUUUGAGCUUUGAUUGCAUACUCUGGUCUUGGUGACUUGCAACU